GAAUACUCGGGCCACAAUGUGUUUGUCCCAGUCCCAAUCCAGAAACAUCAAAAAAGAAAAACCCAACUGUGUCAAUGUUUGCCGAGCUGCUGUCUGCCGCUGUCUCUCCGGUUCAAUCUUCCAUCGAUGCCAGUAGCGAUCUACAGACAGAGCAGUGAGAAUGUCCCGAGUCAGAGCGCUUCUGUGGGUGCACUUCGUGAGUGUGAGUGUGGGCUUGGGCCUGGUUCACGGGGAUUACUAUUCGGCCAUCAGCGAAGUAGAGCGGCUGCUGGAUCUGGAGGCCUUCUUGGUGGAACGGUUGGAAGAUUACUUGGAAAAAGCCCAGCAGAAUCAGGAGAACAUCGAAAGGUUUCUUCUUCAUGUGGAGAAGUUGCAGAGCCAACGCGGGGACAUCGAGGACUACUUUGGCAACCCGCUGAAUGCAUUUACCACCAUCAGACGCCUUGCCCACGACUGGAAGCAUAGUGUCUUCGAGCCGGUCUUCGAGACGAGUAACUUGGAGAACUACAAGAAUUUGGUGAGCGCGGGGUUGGCAAAGGCCGAGAUACAGGAACCGACAAAGGAGGAUUUGCUCGGAGCUGUUCGUGGCUUGUGGCGCCUACAGGAGAUGUACAAACUCCCCACAAAGCAGUUGGCGGCUGGAAUCUUGUCCGCCGCGGAACAGCACCAAGUGAAUGUGUCACUUAGCGCCAGUGACUGCUACGAGAUUGGGCGUCAUUUUUGCCUGAUGAAGGAGUAUUCCUACGGCUCAGAGUGGCUGCUGGAAGCAAGGACCAGGCUGAAUCGGGAUCCUUCAGGAUUUGUGCUUCCCAAGAUCACUAAAGUGCAGAUCCUGGAGCAACUCUCGCCUGCCUUUAGCCAAUUGGGCAACAAGAAGCUUGCGUACAAGCUGAACAGCGAAAUCCUGGAUGCGGAACCUGGCCAUGAGGAGGCCUUGAAGAACAAAAUUGUGUACGAGGCUCAGCUGGCCAGAGAGAGGAGCAACAGUCCCAGAAUUAAAGUAGAACCUUCACAGGCGCCUGCUCCAGAGCCUGAGCUGAAGGAGAGCCAAGAACUUUACCAGCGCGUGUGUCGAGGAGAACUGCGGCAGUCCCCCAAAGAGCAGCGGGAUCUAAGAUGCUGGUUGAGCCACCGGAAUGUGCCCUAUCAGCGCCUCUCGCCCUUCAAGGUGGAACAGCUGAGCGUGGACCCCCAUGUGGCCUAUUUCCACGAUGUGCUCAGUGACAAGGAAUCUGAGCUGAUCAUCGAGCAUGGAAAGGGGCAGGUGACGCGCUCGGAGAUUGGCCAGAGCGGAAACUCCACCGUGUCGGAGAUCCGCACCAGCCAGAACACGUGGCUGUGGUACGAGAACAAUCCCUGGCUGGCGGACAUCAAAAUGAGACUGGAGGACAUAACCGGACUGACCACGGACAGUGCGGAGCCCUUGCAGCUGGUGAACUAUGGGAUUGGUGGGCAGUACGAGCCGCACUUCGACUUUAUGGAUGAUCCCGAAAAGAACUUUGGCUGGAAGGGAAAUCGCCUGCUGACAGCUCUUUUUUACCUGAAUGAUGUCCCCUUGGGAGGCGCCACUGCUUUUCCCUUCCUUCAUCUGGCCGUGCCGCCCGUCAAGGGGAGUCUUCUCGUUUGGUAUAACCUCCAUCGUUCACUCCACAAGGACUUCCGCACCAAGCACGCCGGCUGUCCCGUGCUCAAGGGCUCCAAAUGGAUAUGCAAUGAGUGGUUCCAUGAGGCUGGCCAGGAAUUCAGGAGACCCUGCGGGUUGACCAGCGAUGCUGAAAAGUUCCUCGAACUCGAAAACAAGUAGUGUACAGCCGGAUAUGAUUAUUCUGCACCAAAAAUAAAUAAAAAUCCAUUUCAUUUCUAAUAAUUU